AUGGUCAUGAAGACGGCUUGGCGGCAGAGCGGUCGGAACCUGGGGUCCUCUAUCCAUCACGGCGCCCGUAAUGCCAGUCACCCCGCACUCGCUGAGUACAUCGCUGGGGGUGGCAUCAUCGACCCUCGACGCGAUCCCUUCGACGAUAUUCCAGCACAACACGGCAUCACUGCUCAUAUCAUCCACGGUUCUGCUCCCGUAGACGACGCUAAGCCCCACGUUCGCCACCGGUUGAUGUUGAAUAUCAUCGGGCGUUCGAUCUGGACCUAUACUGCUGACCUCGAGCUUCUUCGCGGGUUGCGUUCGGCCGUGCAAGCACACCAAUUCUUGUUUGACCAAGACAUUAUGUACCGGGAUAUAACCCCGGAAAAUAUUCUUCUAGCAAAAGACUCUGGGGACGUCCAGCCCGGACGCGAAGGCUUCCUCUCCGAUCUGGACUUUUGCCUUGUUGAAGAUGAACAUCACUUUAAAUCGGAGACGACGCAUGCAGAUGCUAUACAGGAUAUACGCGAUGUGUCUGGCGAUGUGCCUACCGGUUCUGUAGCGAAGUGUGGGGCUAUUAGGACGGGCUCAGUUCACUUCAUGGCCAUCGAGAUACUGGAUGCUAUCUUCGACGAGAGGCCCAUUGAACAUAGCGUCGAACACGACAUAGAAUCGUUCAUCUGGGUCCUUGCAUACGCAGUCAUGCGAAAGAUCCUGAAGGUCACCGAAGCUCUUGAUGCGGCGAAACAUUCGGGCAGGAAGCAACUCGACGCUGACUUCAAGCAGUCGUUUGGUAGCUUGCCGAUCGCAGAGAUCGCACUGUCUCGUAGGAACGCCGGGCCCUUCGAUUUCAUCAUUAACGACAAACAGAAAUUUCUUUCUCCCUAUCUCUCCGGCCCACUUCGUGAUCUCAUUGCGUUUCUAUGGAGGACCAUGCGGGAUAAAGUCGAUGCCCUAUUCGACGAGACGCCUAAAACUGUUUAUCGACGCGGCGGGGCACGAGCUCCUGACGCUGUAGUACUGACGCAUGCUUGGCUCAUUGACUACUUAGACGACACCAUCCAAGCUCUAGAGACAGAUCCGUCGCUGCAGAGAUAA